AAGCCGCAUUGACAUCCCUUCCACACCCAGAUACAGAUACAGUAGAUAUCACACUAAGACUCUACGUUCCCAGCCUAACAAGCAAGGAGAAGCAUCAUUGGUUUGGCAUCACACAAACAGGCUAGGCACUUUUAUACAACAAACAGGUUAUUGUCAGACACUUGACUGAUGAAGUUUAACCUGACGAGAGUGAGGAUGAAUUACCUGCGGUGGCAGGUGCGGUGAAGACCGGAGUUCGAGCCUCAUCCCGAUGAUGAUAAAGAUGCUUUUUGGCCCAGUGGGAGGGAGAUUUUUUUGGAGAGAAUGGAUCCUUUCCUUCUGACUGAUCCAUAUGUGGUGUCGGGUUGGGUGAUGAAGAGGGUGGGGUCUGUUGACUCGGUGACAGUAACUCGAAGUGGACUCGUGAUGAUUCUUAGUUUCUUCCCUCCAGAGGGAGCAGGCGCUCCGCAUCACGUGCCCCAAAAAAACGGACUUGCUUUGCUCUCCGGAGCAGGGCUCAGUUGAAAGGAGUGAUAACUGGGGUGGCGUUAAGGAGGAUCAACUAAUAAUGGAGGAUUCCCGGUGUCUGUGACACCCGCCUUUUCGUGUGAAGCAGACCUGGAGAGGGUAGUAAAACAGAGAAGACACUGUCUGUCCUGUGUUUUGAUGCCGAAUCAAGCUGACAAGAUAUGGAAUAUUCAAACACUUUCAUCAACAUUUUCCUAUAAUUGUCAUUUACCAUUGGCAACAAUGAGUGGAGCACGUGACUCAUGUGUUACUUUGUAGCACAGUGAGAAUAGUUUCAAAUUGGAAACAUCUCGGGAAGGUGUGACUUGUGCGCUACUACUACCGUGUACAGAAUGGGUCAAACGCGUUCUGGUCUCUCGUACUGGAAACCAACUGAGACAGCCAAACGACUACCUAUCUGCAGAUAUACCAGCGUGGAACGAAGGGGUGACCGGUUUUACAGGAAUCUGAUGAAAACGAAGCAGUUGCCUUCGCCAGGCACAGGUCAACCGGAGGUAGGGCUUGUAAUAGGAUCUGGAGAUUCGGAAACCCUUCGUGGUCACGGGCGAGGAAAGUUGAUUAGAGGCCAGACCGAGUCGGAGGUAGUGGACUACACCACCCCGGUCGCCGACUACCCAUCUCGAAUUCAUUAUGAAAAUAUUCAGGCUUUCGACAGUGACGCUGUGAGCAAGGGAGCGGCCGACUCUUCCUUCGAUGCGAAAGGCUUGGAUACACUGGCCAGAGGAUUCGAAAGAACCCGCUGCGUGGUUACGCAGCGCAGCAGCCCAGAAACAACUGGGGAGGAUCAUGUCUGGAAUGCCCCGGCUUGGGCCAUGGAAAACAAGCCAUUCGGAUUUGAUAAACAGGAUGGGGUUGCCUCGGAGGUCAGGGCGAUAUCGGGGGCUGUACCACCGGAUGGUUCAGUCCAUUGGCGCAUAUCUGGAGAGGAGAAUUUAAAACUGACCCUGGCAUCACUGAGCUUGCGUUUAGACGAGCCUCUGACAAGUGGCGUGUCAGAACCGAUCGGGUAUGAUAUACCACACACAGACUUAGAAAUUACCAAAUCGAACUUUCUCGCUGCUUCUUGUGAGCCCGAAGCUGUCAGGAAAAAUGAACAAAGCGGUUGUCCGGUUGAGUCGGGGAACCAGGAGGACCCCUCGAUUAACUCUCCAAAACAGCCACACGGACAGGUCCAAAGUCCACUAGGUAGCCAACGUUUCCCUGGUACUAUCCCAAAGCUUAUUAUAACCAGAGAUCCAAGCCCCAGUCGGACUCAGGAAACACUAGACCCAAGGACCAUGGAACUCGGAGUCGGUGGAUCAUCCCUGGAUCCAAACGCCGAUGAUGAGUCCCCCUGCUCGGACAGUGGCUGUGGAGGCUCCCCGGCGCUGAUGCGCGUUCGCCGAAAGCUCUCCAACUCGUCCUCCGCCGGCUGCGUAUCCUCCGCCUCGUCGUUUGAGGAGUCCGAGGAUGACUUCACCGGCAGCGACAUCGAGUCCAGCCUGUCCCCAGUCAUUUGCAACAUGCUGGGCAGUCCAGAAGAAGGAAUGGGGACCAAGCAAUGGCAGAAGCUGAAAACUAUGGUGCAUUGGUCUCCCUUCGUGUCCUUGAACAAGCGUUAUCCCUGGGUGCAGCUCGCCGGGCAUGCAGGUAACUUCCAGGCGGGGGAGUAUGGGCGUUUGUUGAAGCGCUACUGUGAGUGUGAGCAGCUGUGCUUGUCAAAGCUGAUGGGGGACAUUCUGCGGCCCUAUGUCCCUGGCUACUAUGGCGUGGUGCAGAGGGAUGAACAGGACUACAACCUAAUGGACGACCUCCUGGCUGACUUUGACUCUCCCUCCAUCAUGGAUUGCAAGAUGGGCAGCAGGACUUAUCUGGCGGAGGAGCUACUGAAGGCCAGGGAGCGUCCACGGCUCCGCAGGGACAUGUAUGAGAAGAUGGUGGCCGUGGACCCUGGGGCCCCUACGGAUCAAGAGAGGGCGCAACAAGGCAUCCUGAAGCCCAGAUACAUGCAGUGGAGAGAGACCCUCAGCUCCACUUCCACCCUGGGCUUCCGCAUCGAGGGCAUCAAGAGAGCGGAUGGGACGUGCAACACCAACUUUAAGAAGACCAAACACCGGGAGCAGGUCAUGCAGGCCCUGGGAGAUUUUGUUGAUGGGAACAUUCAGAUCCUGAAAGUCUACCUGCAACGUCUGGAGGAGCUGCGAUCUGUGCUGGAGAAGUCACAGUUCUUCAGAACACAUGAGGUGGUGGGCAGCUCCCUGCUGUUUGUGCACGAUGCAUCAGGCCAGGCCCGUGUGUGGAUGAUAGACUUUGGGAAAACAGUGCCCCUGCCUGCCCCCCUCACCUUGGACCACCGGACCCCCUGGAUCGAGGGCAACUGCGAGGAUGGCUACCUGUGGGGUCUGGACAACCUCAUAGACAUUCUCUGUACCAUGCUCCCUCCCAGCCGCUGAGAAAGAGUGGGCCGUGUGAGAGAGCACAAAGGGAUGGCCUGGAAGAGAGAGAGGUGGAGGAGGAGGAUGGAGAGAACACUCUCAUCCUAGUCACAGAUGGGGAAUGAAAGUGGGGAAGAACAAAUGGAACGGGUCAUUACCCAAACUAGAUGUGAGACUGGUGAGAUGGAGGGGAAAGGAAAGAAGGAUGACAUUGAAAGAGGCAAACGGAGGAGCGCGCAGAACAUGGUGGACGCUCUUUAGCCAGUGAGGAAACCUGUCCACACAACUAGUUCUGUCAUCCCUCAUCAACCUCUCUCAAUAUUAUAAGAGCUAUGACGUCAACUAUCACAGCAGCACGCACACGUGGACACGGACACACUACUGUUCCUUCAUAUUAUCACGAGUAUGAUGAUAAUGUACUGAACCUUUCCAAUGGGAUAUAUCCUCCUCAAGUGACCAAUGGAGAACAUUUUUAUUUUCAGUAUGGACCACUUGACUUUAUGCUUUUUUAAAAACUAUUUUAUAUAUUUGUCGACACUAGAAACACUGGAAAAAAAGCGGUAUAUGUAAACUUUAUCUGGUACUUCGCCUUUUAAUGUAAAUACAGUUUUAUUUCAUCUGUUUCCCUUCACGAGUAGCCUCUUUACACUUUGUACUUUUUCUGUGCCUAGAUUUUGGGAUUGGAGGCAGAUUAUUUUUUUAUAUAUCAUUCCAAAGUUUGCUGGAGAGUUGACCCAAAGUCUGUAACAAUUAGUUUUUUGUAAGUUGGAUUGAGACCUGGUGAAAACUGGAGGCUGUUGAUUGGCUCUGUCUGACCCCGUGUGGUGUCUGAUUUGGCAGAGUUGACCCAGCAGAUAAACUAACAGUGGUUCCCAACCAGGGUUACUAGGACCCCUGGUGGUACUUGGUCGAUCCACAGGGGGGUACUUGAAAAUUUUUAAUGAGACCAUAGGCUUACUGGUAAAAAGUAGAUGAGUGGGUACUCUGGGCAGAGCAAAAUUCAGCUGUUGCUUUAGUAACCGCAAAUGAUUGGGAACCACUGGACUAAUGGAUGUUAUUAAUGUUUUUUUUCUUUAUUUUCUCUCCUAGUGGGCACAUGACUUGGUGGUCAUGGCUAACUAGACUGUAUUGCACAAAUGGGUUCCUCACAAAAGCCAUUGAACAAAGCUAGCCCUGCCUCUGUGUCUCUGAAUAUGGAUUCACUCUGGUGUCCAAGGUUAUUAUAAGCAAACCAUUUUCUGGUGAAUGGAAGUUGAUUAAUCUGCAUAGUUGUGACCAUUUAUUCCUUCAGUUGGGUUCAUACAUUUUUCUGGAAUGGGCAACGAUUGGCCUGACAACUGGAAUGACUAUUUGAACAAGUCACCUAAAACUGGAAUGAAUGACCUACUGUUUGUUAUGACACAUUCAUCCACACGUCAGACUUGUCACUGGAUUUGUAGAUCUGUCAGCCAACAUUCCCAUCCAAGUCUUCCUACAUAGACAACACUGUUUGUGUAUUUAUGGUGUGUGUGUGUAGAUUUAUAUGUCUAGAAAAUGGAGGCGCUCUGUAUGUGACUGUCAGCAUUGACAUCAUGGAAUUAUGUUUCUUCUGUUGACAUCUCACACCAUAAAAACACAUUCUGGAACAAUAUAUUGUUUACAAAGUAUUAUAUCUUACGUACCAUGUAUCCUCUUCUUCAUCUUAACCUGAUAGUUACUGGCUUUCUGACUGUUUGGGUUGUUUGUGUGUGGCUGAGCGCUGGACUGUAAAUAGGGUUGAGAAAGCCUAAGAUGUUAUAUAGUUUGGAUAAGCCUUUCCUCUGUGCUGUACUUCAGGAGACAGUGCAUUGCAAGAUGCUGGGGAGCACAAAUACGUAUGUUCAGAGGAUUGAGACUGGUCCCUGCUCUCUGUCUAGAAUACCAUUGAUUGCAAUAAACUGGAACUAAGAGCUCAAGUCUUUCUAA